UCCAAAACUGGAAAAAGAAGAAGAAACAAUUUAGCAGAAAUGGCAAAGGAAGGUUUAGAGUUUGAAAUUACAGAGCUGAGGUUGGGUCUUCCUGGUGCAAUGGACAAGAAUGAAAAUAAGAGGAAGAGGGUAUUCUCUGAGAUAGCGGUCGCCGAUGAUAAGAACAGCUCAAGCAGCGGCGGUGGCGGCCGGAAAAACCAGAACAACAACAGUGAUGAAAUCGUGGGGUGGCCACCGGUUUGCUCGUAUAGGAAGAAGAGCAAUGCUUCUCAGACUGAAACUGGGAAACUGUACGUGAAAGUGAGCAUGGAUGGAGCUCCUUUUCUGCGUAAAAUAGAUUUGAAGACUCAUAAGCGGUACUCUGAUCUUGGUCUUGCCUUUGAAGAUCUCUUUGGUUGCUAUGGCAUCGGUGGGUUGUGGAAGGACUCAGAUACUUCAGAAUAUAUCCCCAUUUAUGAAGAUAAAGAUGGAGACUGGAUGCUUGUUGGGGAUGUUCCCUGGGAGUUUUUUAUUGAGUCAUGCAAAAGGCUAAGGAUAAUGAAGGGAUCGGAUGCGAAAGGGUUUUGGACUGCAGUUCAAACUGGUUGAUGGGGGAAACACGUUCUUAUCUGAAAUAUGAUUUUUUUUUUUUUUUUUUUUUUUUUUCAAGCGGAUAUGAAACUUAAAAUUUCCCACAGACCCAAGUGAGGGGGGAAGUCAUUUGUCAUCUUAGAUCUUAAAAUUUUAUAAUCAAUUUCAUAGAGAAAACAAUUAUAUAAUUUUUUUCCUCAAAAUGUUAUUUGUCUCAUGUCACCACUAACUUGAGAAAAGUGGGAAACGAAUGAAAAGAAGGAAAAAAUAUAAAGCAAAUUAAAGAUUAAUUAUUGUGA